UACUGCUCACUAUUGCUAGUAUUAGAGCAUGGCAUCAUCGUCUGGCAGUAGAUCCAUAUUACGUAUGAUUAUUAAAAACUUUAUUGAGUCAGUAACUCCUAGAAAGAGAAGAGGUGAUUUUGUCGGAAGAGAUAAUUUUGGAAAUAAGUAUUAUGAAAUACCUCCUGGUAAGUUUUAUCCUAGUAGGGGAAAGAGAUAUCCUGUCAGAUGGUAUGAAACAAAAGUUUCUGAUGACUGGGAGCAAGAAAUUCCCACAGAAUGGGAAGCAUGGCUUAGAGGACGAAGAACUUCUGCACCUGGUAUUGAGGAAAUAGAAAUAAAUGCAAGAAUAAUGGAAAUGAAGAAACAAAAAGGUGCAGAAGUUGAAGACCAAGCUAGAAAGGAAAGAGAACUAAAAACACAAUCUAAGGAAAACAGUGAAACCAGGGAAUUACAAAAAAGUAAAAUCUUUUCCAGUAUAUGAAGAUUAUGAAAAAAAUCCAGGUGAUUCCUUUGAAAAAAUAUCUAGAGAUAAAAGAUGAUACCUUUUUAGGCUUAAUAUUUGGUUGUACUUGCACAUAUAGUCUCUGUUGAUAAGAUAAAUCAAUAGUUCUUAGAUUUUCAGUUAAUAAAUUUGCUUCGAGCAUCUCUAA